AUCUUUUUUUAUACACAUUCACAUAUAUAAGUAAUUUGUUUUGUUAGAGAAAUUGUUUUUAGGAUAAAAUACGCGUUUAAGUGAAGAAACGAAAAUAUAUUUUCAAUUAAUAUAUUUUCUUCUUUUUCUUAAAAUUCAAAUAAACAAUUAAAAAAUUAAACAGGAAAAUUGACACAAAGAGUUCUCAAAAAUUAUUAAAUAGUUAUUAUUUGUGUAUUUUCUAUAUAUAAAAGUACAUAUAUCACUAUGAUUUUUUCUAAAUUUUCAUAUAAAAAUUAUUCCUUUUUUUCUUUUUUAUUAAUUUCUUCAGUAUUUUUUGAAAAUAGAGAAUUCCAUAAAUUUCCAAAAGUAGAAUUUUCUAUAUAAACUUCGUCUUCUUAUAUAUUUUUUAAUUUUAAAAAUUCUUUACAAAUUUAAUUUAGAAAUUCAACCAUUUAAUUCUUUUCUCUUAUGCUCAUUUUCUUUAUAUUUUUUCUUAAUAAAAUCUCCACUUUCUACAAUAAAAGGAUUAAAAACUCUCUUACAUUUUCUUUUUUUCCAUAUUUAUUCAUUACAUUUACUAAUAAACACCCGAAAGAAACAUAUUAAUGCCUCAACUCCCCUUUUUAUUCCUAAAACCCAUCCAAUAUUUGCUACCAAAACCUUUUAUCUUAUAAAAAAUUACCCAAAACUUCACUUUGAACCUCCUAAAAUUUCCUCAACCAACUCGAUCUAGUAAAGACUGCCCUAUAUAAUUACAAAAAAUACAUCUAAGUACUAUAGUUUAAAUUCUAAAUAGCAAAAAAGUGUUUUUUAGGAAUUUAUUUAAGUAUUUAUUCACAUAAGUUUUAACUUGUUUACAUACUUUCUAUAUUACAAACUAAAAACUCGAUAAAUUCAAAGGCUAUAGCAUUUAAUUAUAAAAAAAGGUCUUUUUUUAAAAAAAAAGUAGAUUCUAAAAAAUUGCCUUCAAUUAAUAUUAAUAAAACUUAAACUAAAAAUUCGUAAUAAUUAUUUUUUUCUUCUUCUUUUUUAUAUUUUUCAAUUUUUAAUGUCUAUAUACUACCUUUACUUGAUAAUAAAUUAG